CCUGGAGCAAUAAGCCGGGUCGGCGUUCCCGGCCUGUGACUUGCAGUAGCACGUGGGCCUCUGUAGUUCUUCCCGCUUGUAACUCUUACCUGCGGGCGUGGACCAGCCACCUUGACGGAUAGAGUGGCAGCGGAGGCCCAGGGUCCUGAGCUGAUGGAUUUUGCUGCUGAAAAUGAAGCCACGUCCAGAGGCGGUCUCCAGCGCGGAGCCGAGGGGGCGCGGCCGCCGCUCGAGCCCGGCGCGGGGGAGGCGGGGAAGGGGCUGACAGGAAUGGAGAAAAUAGGGGAUGGAGAAGAAGCGGAUGCGCAGAGGGCAGAGGAAACGCGGGUGUUUCCAACGGCUGUGAAGCUAGAAGAUAUGAGCUGGUCGGAAAUGGAAGAAGGUGUGCUGGGCGGCCGGUGGAUAAAGCAGGAGGUGGAGGACGGGCCUGAGGUGAAGGAGGAGAAGCCGGACACCUGGGAGGUGAAGCAGGAGGCGGACGGCGGUGUGGUGGUGAAAGAAGAGAAGGUGGAUGGGCUAGAGAUAAAGGAAGAGAAAGUGAAGGUGAAGGAAGAGGUGAUGGACUGGCCAGAAGUGAAGGAAGAGAGGAAAGAUAACUUGGAGAUCAAACAGGAAGAGAUGGUGUUUGCUCAGAACAUAAAGGAAGAGACGAUGGAUGAGGUGUGUGUGAAAGAAGAAAAGUAUUUCCCGAAGGAAGAAAUGCUGGAUGACACAAAGGUGAAAGAAGAGCCGCAGAUAGAUUGCCCCGUGGGCUCGAAGCGGAAACUGGCCAUGUCAAGAUGUGAAACUUGUGGUACAGAAGAAGCCAAGUACAGAUGUCCACGUUGUAUGCGGCAUUCUUGCAGUUUGCCCUGUGUAAAGAAACACAAAGCAGAACUGACAUGUAAUGGAGUUCGAGAUAAAACUGCCUAUGUUUCAUUACAACAGUUUACUGAAAUGGAUCUCCUAAGUGAUUAUCGAUUUUUGGAAGAUGUGGCAAGAACAGCAGACCAUAUUUCCAGAGAUGCUUUAUUGAAAAGAUCAUUAAGCAAUAAACAUAUGUGCUUUAUAAAAAAUCGUGCUCGAAGGCAAGGUAUCAACUUAAAACUUCUACCCAAUGGGUUCACCAAGAGGAAAGAAAAUUCAACAUUUUUCGAUAAGAAAAAACAACAGUUUUGUUGGCAUGUGAAGCUCCAAUUUCCUCAGAGUCAAGCUGUGUACAUAGAAAAAAGAGUACCCGACGAUAAAACUAUUAAUGAAAUCUUAGCAACUUACAUUGACCCAGAAAAGUCUGAUCCUGUAAUUCGUCAAAGAUUGAAAGCCUACAUUCGCUGUCAGACUGGGGUCCAAAUUUUAAUGAAGGUCGAAAAUAUGCAGCAAAAUUUAGUAAGAUAUUAUGAACUGGAUCCUCACAAGAGUCUCCUUGACAAUUUGAGGAACAAAGUGAUCAUUGAGUACCCAACAUUACAUGUGGUAUUAAAAGAAUCCAGUAAAGACAUGAACGUUCUUCACGAAGUGAAAAGUGAAUCUACCAAGAACAUUGGCAAUGAAAAUUGAGCACUUCUGGAGGAAGGAAAUAUCGAGGUUGCAGAGGACGAUGCAUUGACUAACUCCUGUUGGGUGAUUGGGUGUAUUGUCAAUGGGUUUGUGCGAUUUUUUGUUUUUCUGAAAAGUAAACAAUCUAAAAAAAUUUUUUUUUAAAAAAAAGAUGUGUUUUCUAGCCUCUUAAAUUGACUUACGAGACCUUAUUCCUAUUAACCCCUCUUUUGCACCUGGUUGUCAUCAUGCUUAUUUUAAUUAGAUCCUGGCUUUUAGUAUGUUCAGUUAUAUAGUCUGAAACAUUUUCUGAUUUGAUACAAGGCCAAACCCAAGGAUCACCUUUGUCAGCCACAAAGGUGUCAAAAGGCCAUGUGACACACCAGCUAACCACCAGUUGCCCAUUCUUGCCUUUGAUAUUUAUAUGUAACUUACCCUCUUGAGAUAAAUGAAUGGGUCUUUUCUACUUGGUAACACCCAGUAGUAUGUCCUAUAUAAAGGCUGAAUAAAUACAUUUAGCUACUAUUUCUUAUAUUCAGUCAGAAAGUUAGCAACUCCACAUCAUUGUUUGAACCAUCAAUGCGCACAAAUGUGGCCGCACUUGUUCUCACAGUGAGCUGUGUCCUAUGAAUUCUGUGCCUUUUAUCCAUUUUCACUGCACUCUUGUCAUUGCCACAUAGGGGUGUUGUGAUGACCAGUUUUAGGCUGUGUUUUGAAACAUCCAGCAAUAACUGAAGGAAAAACACUUGGAACUCUUUAGUGUUGUUGGAUUGUAUAUGUGUAUGUAUGAUAUACCUGGCUUAAUUUAUACCUUAUGGCAGCUCUGUAUACAUUAUGAUCUCACAUAUUGAAAUUAAAUGUUCCUAGUUUUAUUGGAAUUCAUACAGUUAUGAAAUUGCAGCAUGACUAUAAAAGAGUAAAAGAUUAUUACAUCUGUG